AUAACGUUUUCAAACGGAUUUGUUGUGGCGAGAUGGACCAACCAAUGGUCUUAGCCUGUCGAGUACGACAAUCCAAAGAAAAAAAAAAACGGAUUUGUUUAUCCAAUCGACCAAAGACCUGUGAACCGGCAUGCUUUUUUACUUGUGUGAGUGGACUAUUUUCGCACAUAAAAUGUUGUAAACAAGACGAUUUCGUGAUUAAAGGCAAAACAAACCGCUAAACUUUUUUGUUGAUUUUCCUUUGAAUCGUGAGUAACUUUCGGUCGAAAAGUGUUCAUAAGUUGUGUUCGACGAUAGUUGUAUUUGCUGUGCAGAUAAUUUCGUUGAUAAGAAACUUGAAAGUGACCAAAUAAUCAACAUCGAUGACGUCGUCCUGCGGAUGGUACAUAUUUCCAAAAGGCAAAUAUCUGUGUGGAACAGAUCAGCAUCCCGUACCGUGCCGUGUGUUUUUCGGCCCGAUAGGUUCGAGAACCUGAACCCGAAGAAUUUUUAAUGGGAUGCUGCGAGAGGUUAUCGCUCGACGAAAUUUCUCGCAAAAAACCUGAGCCUGAAACGAUCUCAAAACAGUGUUGUUCGCGUUGGUUUGCGUGAGAUAUCCUCAUCGAAAGUGCAAUAUUUAUAGAGUUCAACCAAACACCACCAAAGAAAGAAUGUCGGCCAAUAUCGUACGUGCCGGAGUGGCACCUCUCGCUCGCUCUCAUGGGGCACCUGCGAUGAUCGGCUUGCGUCUGCGUCUGGAUAAACAUCAACAUCAGCGUCCAGCAGUAAGUGGAUCCAGCACCACUACCACUGCAAUCAUCUCCGGAACGAGGCACUUUGGAACGACGACGAUUUCACCAUCCUGCGCGCCAUCGCCACAGUCAACGCUUCCAUCGUCCCUGAAGAAUCGAUCCUUUUCCGAUACGAAGCGGUCUAUCUGUUCUGUGUCCGGUGUCCUCAACGGUGUCAGCCUUCCGAAAGCCACAAAGAUGUCCGGCAAUGCCAAGCUGCUGCACGAGAACCUCUGGGAGUCGGACCCGGAGCUGAUGGACCUGAUCCGGAAGGAGAAGAAACGCCAGGUGCACGGACUGGAGAUGAUCGCCAGUGAGAACUUCACCUCCCUCUCGGUGCUGCAGUGCCUGGGAUCGUGCCUGCACAACAAGUACUCCGAGGGAUUGCCCGGACAGAGAUACUACGGCGGCAACGAGUUCAUCGACGAGAUUGAACUGCUGGCGCAGAAACGUGCCCUCGAAGCAUACCGCCUCAACCCGGAGGAAUGGGGCUGCAACGUGCAGCCGUACUCCGGUUCGCCGGCCAACUUUGCCGUCUACACCGGACUGAUCGAACCGCACGGUCGCAUCAUGGGCCUGGACCUGCCCGAUGGUGGCCACUUGACGCACGGAUUCAUGACCGCCACCAAGAAAAUCUCCGCCACGUCGAUUUUCUUCGAGAGCAUGCCCUACAAGGUGGAUCCGGUGACGGGUCUGAUCGACUACGACAAACUGGAGGAGAGCGCCAAGAACUUCAAGCCCAAGAUCAUCAUCGCCGGUAUCUCGUGCUACUCCCGGUGCUUGGACUACAAACGCUUCCGACAGAUUGCCGACGCCAACGGGGCGUUCCUGUUUGCCGAUAUGGCUCACAUCUCGGGACUGGUGGCUGCCGGUGUCAUCCCUUCGCCUUUCGAGUACGCCGAUGUGGUCAGCACAACCACACACAAAUCGCUGCGGGGACCCCGCGCCGGAGUGAUCUUCUUCCGCAAGGGAGUUCGCAGCGUCAAGCCCAACGGCGACAAGGUGAUGUACGAUCUGGAGGCUAAGAUAAAUCAGGCUGUGUUCCCCGGAAUCCAGGGAGGACCACACAACCACGCCAUUGCCGGUAUUGCCACGUGCAUGCUGCAGGCGCGAACGCCAGAGUUCAAAGACUACCAGACACAGAUCAUCCGUAACGCACAAGCCCUGUGCAAGGGUCUGCUCGAGCGGGGCUACUCCAUCUCGACCGGGGGAACCGAUGUCCAUCUGGUGUUGGUGGACCUUCGCCCGGCUGGCAUCACCGGAGCCCGCGCCGAAUACGUCCUGGAGGAGAUUUCCAUUGCCUGCAACAAGAACACCGUUCCCGGGGACAAGAGUGCACUGAACCCGUCUGGAAUCCGGUUGGGUACGCCGGCGUUGACAACCCGAGGUCUGGUGGAGUCGGACAUGACCCAUGUGGUGGACUUCAUCGAUCGGGGACUGAAACUGUCGAAGGAGAUUACGGCCGUCUCGGGUCCGAAGCUGGUGGACUUCAAGCGAGUGCUGCACGAGGAUCCGACGCUGAACGCCAAGGUGCAAGCUCUGAAGGAGGAAGUUCAAACGUACAGCGCGAAGUUCCCCAUGCCAGGCUAUGAGGAGUUCUAGAGGUUUGUGGAGAGGUUUUUAGAUCUGUAAGGACUGUGUCCGCUGCUAUGACAAAUACUAUUGAAUAUAUUCAUCACUUUUUUCUUGGCAUACGAAAGGUGCUAUUGUAUGCUACAUACCUAUGAA